UUCUGAGUCCCUGCAGCAGUCAGCAGCACCCUUCAGCUGGGUGGCCUUCAGACUGAACACCAAGGCAUUGGGCUGGAGCACAACGCGGUGGGGGGUGUGGCUGGGAAGGAGGCUCAUCCCCCUCCAACCACCUCCCCUCCCUACAGGGGAAGGACUCAGGGAACAGUGCCUAGGAACUGUGGCAGAAGGGUCGGUGACCCUCUGCAGAGGCCUUACGGAGGUCUCUGCCAUCCCUCAGCUGAGGCCUGAGUGCUCAGGACCACAGUUCACCGACUCCAGCUCCCCGCCAAAGGACAGCGGCCCUGGUGAGUACAAAGGUGAACAGGGUGGGGGAGGGUCAAAGGGCAGGCUCGGGCCCCCUGAGUCAGCUUUGAGGAAAGUUAGCACAGAGGACCCUUGCCACCAAGAAGCCCCAAACUAUCUGGUCAGCUUGGACCUAUGGCAGGAGCAAUCUUAGAGGGAAGGCAUCCUGGGACACAGGUGCCCCGGCACGGACAGUCGGCAGACAGAUGUAAUCGGCUGCACGCGGCAUGGUUCACGGCCUCCAUCUUGUCUCUCUCCUCAGAGACCUCCGAACAGUUGAGCCCAGUGGGAGGGACAGCCCUGUGUCAGGGAACAAGGACUUCUCCUUUGCCCUUCCCCAGGACCCCGCAGGGACAGCAGGGAGCGGAAAGGGCCCAGACCCUGCCUUCCAGGCCCAACUGUCCCCAGUGCUCAGUGCACCCGUAGCUACUCUGCCUAAACCUCAGUUUCCACAUCUGUAAACUGGGUCUAAGGGUUUGUCCCCACAGCAGAGCAAACAAAUCCAUUUUGAUCACAGCGCCCUUGAAGACCACAAAAACUAGGCAAGACAUUUUGCAAUUUUGUUUGAAGCAUCAAUGAGCUGUAAGAUUUGAACCCCAUGGGUCACAGCCUUAAGGAAGUGGGGAGAGCUGCAGGGACAGAGGGAAGGUGGAGGGAAGGGGAGUUCUUUUCUGGUGGCCCUCAAGGUACAAGGCUGAUGCGGCUACAAACAAGUCACAACCCGCUGCUGUCUGCCUUAAGUAGCGGCAAGGGAAGCACCUUUCUGGGUGGAUCUGGCUCCAGGCAGGCCUGUCCACCCACGUGGGACCAGGCCCUGGACUACCUUGCCAGUCAGCAAAGCCAAAUCCUCUCUGAGGACUGGGAAUCAUCGUUCCAGGUCAGGAAUCUCAGCAGUUAAUUUUCCAAGGGUUAAGUGCAGCUUUCAGCAGGAGUCCUCAGAGGCCCUGGCACAUAGAACUGUCCCUGUUCCCGGAGGAGGAGCAGAGUGCAAGGACAGGAACUGGCCCCAGGGGAUCUGGACCCAGUAGGCUGUGGCGGGUGAGGGCAGGUGGAGCUUAUAGGAGGUGGGGGUGGGGCUCUAAGAACUUUGGCUGCCUGGCUCUCUGCCCAGCCACCCGCCCCCAGUUCUCCACUAACUGGGCACAAAUGCUUCCUGCCUGGGCCCUCCAAGCCUGUAAAUACAGCGGAGUAGGAGUGGACACAUCAGGCCUGUGCCUAGUGAAGCCCAGCCACGUCCCAGCAGGUGAAGGGACCUUCCUUCUAAAGACAUCAAGAAAAACUGUCUCCUCUGAGAGAAAAGUGGAGAGCGCAACACACCCUCCAAGAAAAUUCCAGAAGCAGGACUGAGGUUCCAAGUGGAACAAAAGUUUAGCUGAAAGUGUCCUUGAACUUGGCUUCCGGGUACAGGUGGAAGACAGCCGACACUACCGCCCAGCAACCUCUUCACGAGCAGCCCUCUGCCUCAGACUCCGCAGGGCCUGGGAGUUCUGUGUCUGGUGAACUCCUGCCCCACACCAGGAUGUGCUCCCUGCCUGUGUCCCGGCAGCCCCUGCGCCGAGUGGCUGUGACUGGGGGCACACACGGAAAUGAGAUGUGUGGUGUCUACCUGGCCAAACACUGGCUGCAGGCUCCAGGGGAGCUGCAGAGACCCAGCUUCUCAGCCAUGCCAGUGCUGGCUAACCCAGCAGCCACAGCUGCCUGUCGCCGUUACGUGGGCCGCGAUCUCAACCGCACUUGCACCCUCACCUUCCUCAAUUCCACAGCCACUCCUGAUGACCCAUAUGAGGUGACAAGAGCCCGAGAGCUGAACCAGCUACUGGGUCCCAAGGGCACAGACCAGGCUUUCGACUUUAUCCUGGACCUGCACAACACCACGGCCAACACUGGGGUCUGCCUCAUCUCUGAAGCCUCCCACAGCUCCUUCAACCUACACCUGUGCCACUACCUACAGCUGCAGAACCCGGGGCUGCCCUGCCGCCUCUUGCAGUACGAGCCACCUGGGAUGGAGACCUACAGUGUGGAAUCUGUGUCCAAGAAUGGAAUCGGUCUGGAGCUGGGCCCCCAGCCUCAGGGCGUGCUGCGCGCUGACCUGUUCUCACAGAUGAGAACUCUGGUGGCCUCCACUCUGGACUUCAUUGAACUCUUCAACCAAGGCAAGGCCUUUCCCGCCUUUGAGAUAGACAUCUACAGGAUCCUGGGUAGGGUGGACUUCCCGCGCACCGUGGACGGCGACCUGGCUGGUACUGUGCACCCUCAGCUCCAGAUGGAGCCCCGCCUCGUACCUGGCAUUUGGAGCGGCACAAAUCUUCACUCUUGGGGUGGAAGGAGGCCCCUGGGUGGCUGUUUAACUGAAGAACAUUGGGGACCAGACAUAGUCACCUGAUUGGAAGUGACCAUGACUUUGAGCCACUGAGGCCCGGUGAACCCAUCUUCAAGCUGUUCAGUGGUGAGGAUGUGCUGUACGAGGGGAACUCCACUGUGUACCCUGUGUUCAUCAAUGAGGCUGCCUACUACGAGAAACACGUGGC